CUCCCGGAUCAGCGGAAGCCCCGCAGCAGGAGCAGCAGAGGCACCGGUUCCCGUCAGGGACCGGCUGCUGCUGGGAGCAGUAGUUCCCAUCCCUCUCCGGGCCAGCUCGGAGACUGCAUUUCCCAGGGCUCUGCGCAGGGCCGGGCCUGCCCGGCAGGCUGAGCAGCGGUGAGAGCUGCGGCCUUCGGCCUCCUCGAGGCGCUGCCGGCCGUAACAGCGAAUCGGGAAAUCGGGAAACCUUCCUCGCCGGCGAGUAGGAGGUUGCCGGGCCGGGGAGCAGUGGCCUUAACCCCCUGUGCCGCCAGCCGGGGUGCGGGAAGGCCCGGAGGCCUCCCAUGGCUGCAAAAUCCAGGAAAGGUUUGAGAGGCUCCAUCGACGACGUGCUGGGCGACCUCCUCGGCUACGACGAUGAAACCCCGGGUAAAUCUGCCAGAGCUUCCCAGCUGGCCGGGGGCAGCGGUGGGAGAGCCAGGGGCACGGGCUCCCCGGCCAGCAAGAAGUCCUUCCCGGAGGAUGAUUUCUUCAGCAAACUCCCUGCCGAGGACAUCAAAGCUGCGGAGGGAUCCGACGUCUCAGACGCCGACCCGCAGGCUGUGCUGCAAACCCUGAAGGACAUGGAUGACAUGGAAGCGGAUCUCCUGGGAAUAUCAAAACCCAGUUCGGGACCAGGGAAAAUGACUGCGAAAGGCCCUGAGAAAUGGGACCCCGCUGGAGGAGCAGUAAAAAGUGCAGGGAAGCUGCUAACUCCUGAGAAAGCAGAGUCUGCACCUGCGAUGGAAAAGAAGCCGCUCUCAUCUCCCCCCGCUUCCCGGCAGUACAGGAAAUUUAACUUUGAAGAUUUAGAUGAUCCUUUAGAAGGGCUUUUAUCUGAUGAGGAAAAAAAUGCUCCCAAGAAGCCAAUCCCAUCCGGCACUGAAAAUAGCUCUGUGAAAAAACUGGAACUGAGCAAAGAGAAAGAGCCGCCGGCACCCCGGCACGCCGCGGCCCCUGGCCGCAGGAGGGAGGAGCUCACGUUUGAGGACGAUGGCGAUGACCUGAUGGACGCGCUGGGAUUCGGCGACAGCCCGAAAGGAGACCCGAAGCAGGGGAGGAAGGAAGACAAGGACGAGCUCUGGCCGGCCCGCUCGAAGCUGGACGAGUUACUGGGACGGGGCUCCGCAGCCAAAGCCCCGGAGCGGCCGGGCGCGGGAGAGCGCAGGGAGUUCAAGCUGGAUACGAAAUACCAAAAGCAGCCAGAGAAGGAAGAGCCUGGGGACGAGGAAGAUUUCGUCUUCGGGGCGUACCAGCCCACGGUGGCCUCGGCGCGGAGGCAGCCUGCGAGGUACCGCGCUGUGCGUCUGUGUCCCUCUGACCGCUGCCACGCUGCCCCUAAGCCCGGGUGUCCCCUCUGGGGCUGGUUCGUGACUCCCUCUCGCCACAGCAGGUUUUCGGCCGAGAGCAGCAGUGACUGGAAGCCGGACCCACGCGCCAACCCCCCCCCUCCUCCUCCAGCCGGCAGGGGCCCCGCGCGGGGCGGCAGGGCUGGCGGCGACUGGCUGGGCUUGAAAGACGAGGAUCUCCUGGACUCGGACCCUCCGUCUCCAGCUCAGGCCAGUGCCGCCGGGAGCUGCCCGAGCCCCACCGUGGCCAGGCGGCCCGACCCUGCCAGCCGGCUCCCAGCCGCGGAGGAGCCCGCGGCCAAACGCAACCCGCCGGAAGAGGACAACUGGCUGAGCACCGCCUUGUCUCGCAAGAAAGCCCAAGCGCAGGCGAAGGCGCAGGAGAGAGGUGCGGAGCCCUCGGAGGCCCCGAGCAGAGGGCUGGAUCCCCGCCCGGCCACCAGCCAGCCAGCCACGUCCACAGGCGCAGCGCCGCAGGCAGCCGCUCCGCAGGACACGGCAGCGAGCGCGGCUGGCUCUGGGCACCCCGUCCCCUGGCUCAGCGCCCCCCAAAAAGCCCCAGCUCUCCCGCCAGAGUCCAGAAAGGAGGAUCCCUCUGGAGACACCAGCGCCUUGGCUCCCGCAGCCUCAUUCCCGGGACAGCAGGAGAUGCCAGGCCCUGCCCCGCUCGCUCAGGCUGCCGUCCCCAGGACACAUCUCCCGGCAGCACCGCAGCCACAGGCCGAGCCGCUGGCCCUGGGCUCGCUGCAGGUGAAGGGGCCGGGGGCUCCCGCAGCCCAGCUCUCCGAGGACGGGGCAGGCUGCCGGGCAGCGCUGCUCGGUGCCCAGGCCCGCGUGGCGGAGCUGGAGAGCCAGGUCCGGACGCUGGAGCUGGAGCGGACACAGCAGAAGCUGUUGCUGGAGAGUCUCCAGCAGCGACACCAGGAGGACUUGGAUCUCCUCGAGAGCGCACACAGGAGCCGGGUGAAGGUGGUGGAGGAGACCUAUGGGCAGCGGGAGGAGCGGCUGCGGCAGGAGAAGGAGCGGCUGGCGGCACAGCUGGUGUCGCAGAGCCAGGCCGCGGAGCAGGCGCGGGCAGAGCUGCUGGCGCGGCACCAGCAGCAGCUGGCGGCACUGGAGCAGCGGAGCGCGCAGGAGCUGCAGCGCGUGCGGGAGCUGCAGAGGACGUCUGUCCAGGAGAUGCACAAAGACCACGAAGAGCAGCUCCAGCGGCUGAAGCGGCUGAAAGAGCAGGAGAUCGACGCAGUGACCAGCGCCACUUCACACACCAGGUCUCUGAACGGCGUCAUUGAGCAGAUGGAGAAGUUCUCCAGCGACCUGCACGACCUCUCGCACCGGGUGGAGGCCACGCACCACACCACCUCCCAGGAGCUGGCCAUGGGGGCCCAGCAGCGAGACAAGCAGCUCAAGGUGCUCCAGCACAGGCUGUCACAGCAGCAGAGGGACAUGGAGGAAGAGCGGAGCCGACUCCAGGAGGUUAUCGCGAAAAUGGAGGCGAGGCUGGGCGAGCAGACUCGGCUGCUGGAGCAGGAGCGGUGGAGGGCAACGGCAGAGCAAUCCAAGGUGGAAUCGCUGCAGCACUCACUGGAGGAGCAGCGGAGAGUCAUGACCCAGCAGCUCUCCAUGGAGCGAGCAGAGCUGGAGAGGGCGAAGAGUGCCUUGCUGGAGGAGCAGAAGUCGGUGAUGCAGAAGUGCUCAGAGGAGCGUCGGAAGCUGGCGGCCGAGUGGGCCGAGUUUCACACCCAGCAGCAGCUGAGCAAGGAGCGGCUGGAGCGCGACAUGGACCGGGCCCUGCAGAGGGACUCCCAGAGAGAGGGCACCAUCAUGAGCCUCGCCAAGGAGCAGGCAGAGCUGAAGAUCCAGGCCAGCGAGCUGAAGGCCAAGGAGGAGCAGCUGGUGAGGGACAGGGAGCUGCUGGACCAGGCCUGGCAGGAGCUAAGGCUGGAGAAGGAGAAGGUGAACGGGGCUGCACUGCACAUCCGGCAGCGAGUGGAGGAGAUCGACACCAUGAGCAGGCUCUCAGCCCAGAAGUGCGAGGAAGGGCAGCGAGCGCUGCGGGAGGCCCGCAGGGUAGAGUCCGAGCACCAGGCCAGACUGCGGGUCGUGCAGCAGCACCUGGAACAGCUGAAGCAGCAGGAGCAGCGUCUGCAUCAGGAGCGGCUGAGUAUGGCUCUCCAGAGGAGUCAGCUCCAGCAGCUACGUGAGGAGCUGCCAAACAACCCCACACUGCUGCUGACCACAGCCCAGGACGUCGGCAUCCCCGCCAAGGGCCUCUCCGGCACGCUGCGCUUUCCGCCUCCCAUCACGGCGUUCCCUCGGCGCAGCCCAGGGGGUAGCAGGGACGGCCUGGGCACGGCAGGCCCGUCGGAGCUCUACACCAAACUGCUGCUGCUGAAGCACAGGGCCGAACAGGAUCGUGAUUUCUUGGAAGAUGAGCAGUUCUUCCUGGAGACCCUGAAGAAGGCAUCCUACAACACUUCCUCUCUGUUGGCCUGAGGAUAAGGCAUCCCCACAUCCUCCCCGGGGGACUCGGUGCUGUCUGCCCUCAGGGCAGGCUGCUGUGCCAUACUCAUGGAGGAAAAAAAAAAACAAGCAGUAAAUAAUUCCAUUUUCAGCUGAGAAA